AUGGCUGUCACAGUUCUAUCUAUGGUUCUAUGUUUAAUUUCAUACAUCCUCCCCACAAUUUUGCUUGGAUGUUUUGGCUGUGUUUUCUUUUUUGUGGCAUAUUUGUAUUAUGUCCACAAAAUCAACGAUCAUUUACCAGGACCACCUCGUUCGAGUUUCAUAUUGGGUCACCUCCCAGACAUGUGGAAAUACAAAGCUGAAACUGGUAGGACGACGAGCGAGUUUCUACUGGAAAAACGACUCGAAUACGGGCCAAUAUUUAUAUUAUUUUUUAUUCACAAGCCUAUUGUAUUUCUGGGAGACGCUACCUAUUUGCGACAUGUUUACAUAAAUAAUCAUGCCAGCCUGUUUAAAAGUUCAUUUUUCUAUCCUAAAUUUGGUUUUGUUUAUGGUGAGAGGGGAGCUGGUUAUGGACUGGUAUCGAAUACAAAUGAAGCAUCGUGGCGCAAACGACGGCAAGUUAUGAACCCAGCUUUUCACCGUAAGUGUCUGAAAGACUUCAUGGAUAAUUUUAAUAAUGUUUGUGACAUCUUUAUGACUCACCUGGAUAGAGUUGUUGAUUGUGGUGAGCCGACCAGUAUGCUGCAGGAAUUUACAAAAGUCACUUUGGAAGCUAUGAGUCAAGUUUCCUUUAAUAUUAAUACCCAUGCUAUUGAAGAUCCCAAUUCCCCAUUUCCAGGAGCAAUACGGCACUAUCUGUGCGGGGUGCAGGACAACAUUGAUAUUCCACUCCACCCCACCCUCCUGGGAAUAUUCCAGUUCAAGCUGUUUCAGAAUGCUAUCAAAAGAGAGCAAAUUGAUGCAGCACGAUUUCUCAGGAAAUUUGCCUCUGAUUGUACCACCACUCGGAUGAAGGACAUUGCUGACAAUAAAGCCGUCCCUGAUGACUUAUUGAGUCUCUUGAUUAAAGAUGGCAGUUUGACAUUGGAUGACAUCAUUGAUGAGUUUGUGACCAUAUUCCUUGCCGGACAAGAGACAACUGCAAAUUCAUUGUCAUUUACCUUGUAUGAAGUCAUUCGAAAUCCCCAUGUUGAAGCAAAACUUUUAAACGAGGUUACCGAAGUGCUUCGCGGUCGUGAUUAUGUGGAGUUUGAUGAUUUGGCAAAACUGAAGUAUCUUGGUCAAGUUUUGGAGGAAUCUUUGAGAAAAUAUCCUGUAGCACCAGCACCUUCUAGAGUGCUAGCAAAAGAUAUUACAGUUGGAGGAUAUCAUAUUCCAAAAGGAAAUGGAAUUGACAGUCUACAGAUAUUUUUUUCAAUGAAUCCUGAAAUUUGGGAGAAUCCAGACGUUUUUGACCCAGAAAGAUUCUUUGAAACCAAAAACAUUCCAAAUUUUAGCAUGACUCAUUUCCCCUUUUCCAUUGGCCCACGUAAUUGCAUUGGACAGACAUUUUCCAAGUUUGAAUCAAAAGUUAUCCUUGCAAAAUUACUGCAGAAGUUUCAGUUCAGGUUAUUGCCUGGUCAGACUAAUAGGGUGAAAGCAAGACUAACAAGUACUCCUCGAGAUGGUGUGAUGUGUGAGGACACUAGACGUGAAUAA